AUGAGCAGGUUUGAAUGUGCGACUCCGUCGCAGGAUGACCGACUGCAAUUCAACAUGACGCAACCUCCGUCUCCGACGCUCAGCGAAAGGUCGCUGAUCUUUGAGAGAGACGUACAGGAGGGAUCAUCCUUUUUGCCCAUAGCUGCUAAUGCCACAGAGGGUAACUCGACGGCGACCUCUGCGUCCAUAACCAACCUGAACGGGCUUUCCAAGCAGAGGUCGUACUCGCAGUCGAUUCCGAUCACACGAUCGAACUCGGCAGCGUACGUGCCCGGGUUUAUCUCGAGGCUAGCAGACUGGGGGGUCCCUCGUUCCCUCGAGCCCCUGAUGACGUCGCCCACAGCACCACCGCUCGCUCCCACACCGGUCGUGCUCAACAGGAGACUGUCCAGGACAAACUCCCACUCGAGCUCGAAUGUCCUGUGCCAAGGUGGAUCCGUGCUGUUGUCUAACUCACUUUCGACACCAGGGUUGAAUAACCAUGUUCACCACAACAGGCGCAGAACUUUGGAGAACAUGGUGGCCCCCGCGCUCGAUGCUAGUUGCUCGCUGCUCGCGGACGAGUCCACAGACCUCGAAAACGUCGACGUCGUCCACUCCAGGUCCUCCUCCGUGAUCGGACUGGACAUGGCCCUCGGAUACAUGAGGUCCAACCCUCGAUCGAGAAACAACAGCAACAUCCCAGCAUCGAGUGUGGCCCCCAACUAUAAGCCAACGGGGAACGACCACACGGUGGAGGACAGCAACGGGAAGACUUUGAACUUCUACUCGUACGCGGCACUGCGGACAGACGAGAUGACAAGCGGUAACUCGCAGAUCGCAAGUAGACCAGGGUCCGUCAGCUCGCACUGCUCCACGGGCUGUAAACCUUCACACUCUCCCAAUAUCUUUCAGCAACAACAGUUCAAGACGGGGGGUACAGCAGACGGACCAGGUUCCCCCGUGCUCAACCCGUUCCUCGGAAGAAGGGAAUCGUCGCCUUACCUGUCUUUAUCCCCACCACAGAACUGUAGAAGGUUAUCGAACACAAAUCAUAUAAACGGUGGAGCGAAAACACCCACAAGCCCACUGAACGGUAACCAGUUCUCUAUUCUAUCUUCCAACAUGGCGUCUGUGUUGUUACAGGAUUCGAGCAAGCACGCUCCCUUGAAGAAGCCGAAUAGGUUGAGAAAUAACAGCUUAGGAGUCGAGAAGUUUGGCGGGAAAUUGGGCCAAUUGUCUAGGUUCCACAUCGAGUCCGACAACGACGACGCACUCUCAGAUGCGGACAUAGACGUCCCUGACAGGGCACAUUCCUGUAUUCAGGAGGGCAUCAUAUCAACGGCUCCGCUAAGCAAGAAGAGAACGGGAUCUACUAAUACCACUAUACCACUACUCGCGUCCCCCUACGAGGGCCAGACAAUCCAUACGCCAGUGGGUCGCACAGUCACAUUUCUGGAUAGGAAGAACGGCAGCGCAUCGGUGAUUCAGCUGCAACCUACACCGGUUUCAUACGGCGUCGAAAAUCAACUUCAAACGGAGAAGUUGGGUGACGUGCUGAGACGGAGGUUGUCCGAGUCAAGACCGGAAUAA